AUGUUGCAUAAAAUUGCACUCGUAACCGUUUUGGCGGCCUUUGCCUGCCAACAGCUCGUCCUGUCGACGAAGGUAGCCGAAGUGCCGGAAGCCGUGAAGCAGGUACUCGGCCCGCGGGCCGACGGAAACCUGCUGCUCGAGUUCGACAGUCUCUUCAACCGGUUGCACUACGACGUCGACUACAAGCUGCGCGUGCUGCGCAUGAACCAAUCGCUCGCCAUUAAGAACCUGAACGCCCAGUUCAUCUCGCGCUUCGGCAUCGUCAUCACGGACAUCCAGACGGAGAAGCUGCGUGUCAAGGAUCUAAUCCUGCAGCAUGCGCUCGAGAUUGGGGACACGCAGAACCCGUGCAUCGUGGCGCAGAACGACGAGGCACUCCGACAGGCGACGCAAGCUGCCGCCGACAUAAGCCUCGCGGCCGAGCUGGCGUACGCCGACAUGGCGACCGCCUCCCGAGUGUUCUUCUACCCGCAGGUGCAAGCGUUCCAGAACAGCUCGACCGACCUGCAGAGUGCUGUCGUGGAGAAGCUGAGCCGCUCGAACAUCGUCACCGACCUGGACAUUGUGCUGGCCGAGCUGGCGUACCAGUACGAGGCUGAAGAGAACAAGGUGGAGCGCGUGAUUGCCGGUAUCGAGCAGGAGCUGGCAAACUUCCAGGAGGUGGUGAACAACGUUCGCCGGGAUAUCUGGGCCAUGUCGGACACUAUAGGGCGUAACUUUGUCUUCAACAUGGGUCUCUUGCUCGAGGAAGCGCUGCAAUGCUCGUAA